AUGGGCACGUCUCGCCCUCGCAAUUUUCUGCUCGCGCUCGUCCUCGUGGCGUCUCUGAACCUCCUCGCUGUUUUCGCGGCGAUCCCUCCGGAUGGGUACUACGAAGUGAGCGAGUUUUCCGGUCUCGAGGAAGCAUACGACGCGCGCGCGCUCCUCGAGGCCGACAACGAGGCUGCAGUUGACUCCGUUGACUGGGUUGAAUCCGAUAACUCGGAGGAUCCGCGAAUUCUGGCGGAUGUGGCGGCAGACUUGAAGCAGCCGUCCGAGUCGGACGGCGGCAGUGGCAGCGCGAAGAAAUCGCCGCUCGACGGUAAGGCGGGGAGGAACGCGCGCGCGCCAGUGGACUCAACGGCGCCCGAGGAGGGCAAGUCCAGCGCCGCGGCGCCCAAGAAGGGGAAGCAGGGGACGAAGAGGAACUGCGUGCGGCGUAGGAGAGGCAGGUGCGUCAAGUGGGCAGCGACGAAGAAGCAUCAUGCCAGAGUGACCAAGAAGACGGGAACCGGCGGCCUGAAAACUGCUGACAAGGCAUCCGAGAAGCCGAAGGGCGCUGAUAGUGGCGUGCCGGCAGUUGGGAAGCAGGAGGCGGCACCCGUCAGCACCUUUGAGUCGACUCAAAAGAAGGGGGCGGGAGCUGUCAGCAGCUCGGGCGCCGACAGCAACUCGGGCGCAGCCCCCCAGCCGCGCGCGCUUCUCGGGGUCGAUGGCGAUGACUCCAUUGAAUCCGUUGACUCCGUUGACUUCGAGGACCCGCGGGUGCUCCGUGAUGUGGCGGCGGACUUGAAGUGGUCGUCGGAUGAUUUCAGCGGCGCCGUGAAGAACUCGCUCGGGCAGGCGGGGAGGAACGUGCGCAACUCGUUCGACAGAACGUUCCGCACUGGCCAUUUCGCGCCUAAGAGGAAGCCGCAGCGCGGGGGGAAACCCGGGAAGAAGCCGAGGAAGGGCAACGCGGGAUCUGGACCCAAGGGGCUUGCGCUUGAUCUGAAGGCCAGCGUGGGAUUGGGCGUUAAGAUUUCUGCCCCUGGGAAGAAGUCAGUGAAGGGUAACGCCGCGGGCUCGCCUGUCCCCAAGCCGCCUGUUCCCGCCGCUGGCACGCCGGGGGAGGGGGGGCGAGGAGGCGGAUGCGAGGGGGGCUGCUAUAUGUUUGUGCUAUCGCAGGGGCGUGCGGGAGCAUCAGAGGUGGUGUGGAGGGCGGGAGAUGAAGGGGCAAGAUAG